UGUUUGAACAUUAUUAUGUAAAAGAUAAGAAAAGUACUGAAUCAAUCAAAAUGAAAUGGUAAAAAUAGUAUAACUUUUAUCGAACUCUAAUUGUAUAGUUGAUAUCUGAUUUGUCGGGAAACUCAUCCCAAUAAUUCUGGGUAUUUGUCAACAAAGUAAGUUCUAAAAUUUUACUAAAUAGUUUCUAUUUUAUAAAAUAAUCAUUUGAAAUUUUAAAAAGAGAAAAUUCAAUUGUUUUUAAAUAUUUACUGCGUGCUUAUAUAAAGAAACUUCAAGCGCGAAAAGCUUGUUGUGGAGUUGCUCGCGUGAAAAGCCUGUAAAGCCUGAACGACUUCGAAAUCCGCAACGCAAGCCAAAAUUAUUGUAAACGCACAAUUUAGUUCAUGGGGUCGCAUCAGCAACCAUUUUGCUUUCACUUCUGGCUGUCAUGAUAAUCAGCUGAUUUUGUCAUUGUAAAUAGAAGUUGCACGAAUACGCGUAUUUAUACAUACAAAUGCAUAUUUAUUUAGGAAAUUCGAAUAAUAAAACACAGAAAUAUUUAGAAAGUUUACGUGUCGAGUUCUAUAACUUACGAGCGAACCCUACAGCACAGUCGCAGUCGCGUCUCAACCGAUUAGAUGGAGUAGUUUCUGCACUAGAGCAAUAUCGGUUACUAAAAACAAAAAUCGCCAGCAAAGAAGAUAUUUGUAAUGAAAAAGAUGAAGAAAUGCGUAUGUUGUUGCUGGAGGAAAAUAAAGUUUAUGGAGAUUUAUUACUACAAACGGAAGAGGAACUCUUCAAUCAAAUGCUUGUCUUAACCGAGGAUCAACAAUUCGAUUCUAUUAUUUUUGAAGUGAACGCUGGAGCUGGAGGGCAAGAAGCAAUGCUCUUCGCCCGAGAACUUUUUGAUAUGUACACCAACUAUUUUGAUUACAAUGGUUGGGCCUAUGAAAUUAUUGAUAACGAAGGGACAGAUAUUGGAGGUUUACGUCAUGGUAAUGUCAUCGUUCAAAAUCGUGCCGCGUUUAAUCAACUGCAAUAUGAAGCCGGUGUGCACAGAGUACAACGCGUACCAGCAACAGAAAAAUCUGGUCGCUUACAUACCAGCACCGCUUCAGUGACCGUGAUUCCACGACCUGACGACGUUGAUGUUAGGAUUUCUGAAAAAGAUUUAAAAAUUGAAACGAAACGUGCAAGCGGUGCUGGAGGUCAGCAUGUAAAUACUACUGAUUCUGCAGUGCGUGUUGUCCACCUGCCUACUGGUCUUGCUGUGGAAUGUCAAACAGAGCGAUCGCAGCUGAAAAAUCGUGAGCGUGCUAUUCAUCGUCUGCAAGCUAAGUUGGUACAGCGAGAAUUGGAGAGUAAAGAACUGAAUGAGAAGCGCACACGGAAAGCACAACAAGGCAAUUUGAAUCGUAAUGAAAAAAUACGUACUUACAACUUUGUGCAAGAUCGCAUCACUGAUCAUCGUAUUGCCAAUGGCACUGUACAUAAUUUAGAAGAGUUUUUUGAAGGAACGGAAGAUUUGGAAAGACUUAUACAGCGAAUCGCCAUCGAAUUCAGGCGUGCAAAAUUAACAGAGCUAAUUAAUAAUUUUGAAACCUUAGUAAGAGAAACUGGAAACCACAUCGGCGAUAAAGUUAACUAAAUAUAAGUACUAAGUUUUUAAUA